ACGCGGUUCCAACCAACGAAACUUCCGGCCUGUCUCAGACCUCUCCAGAAAGUUCUUCACCGUGGAGCACAUAUAAGAACCAGCCAUCUUCCCCCACCGGCUUCACUGUUGCUCGAGCCAAAGCUAGGACAGGACCUCCUUAUCAUUCGUCACCAUGGUCCGAGAAACCGGCUACUACGAUUUGUUGGGUGUCAGUCCCAAAGCAUCAGCGGACGAAAUCAAGAAAGCGUACAGAAAACUGGCAUUAAAAUACCACCCGGACAAGAACCCUAACGAAGGAGAUAAGUUCAAGCUAAUAUCUCAAGCGUAUGAGGUGCUGUCUGAUCCAAAAAGAAGAGACUUGUAUGAUCAAGGAGGAGAACAAGCUAUUAAAGAGGGAGGAACAGGAGGAGGAAGUUCCCCAAUGGACAUUUUCAACAUGUUCUUUGGAGGUGGUGGAAGGAUGCAGAGAGAAAGAAGAGGGAAGAAUGUCGUCCACCAGCUUGAAGUUACAUUAGAAGAGAUAUACAAUGGUUCUACCAGAAAGCUUGGACUCCAGAAGAAUGUCAUUUGUGAAAAAUGUGAUGGUUAUGGUGGUAAGAAAGGUACCCUGGACAAAUGCUCUACUUGUAAAGGUAGAGGAGUACAGAUUAAGGUGCAACAGAUCGGACCAGGCAUGAUUCAACAGAUCCAAAGCAUGUGCUCAGACUGUCAAGGACAGGGAGAGAGGUUCAACUCCAAGGACCGCUGCAAGAACUGCAAUGGGCACAAAGUAGAGCGCAAAAGGAAAAUUCUUGAAGUUCACAUAGACAAAGGUAUGAGAGAUGGUCAGAAAAUUACAUUCAGUGGAGAAGGGGAUCAGGAACCUGGACUGGAGCCAGGGGAUGUUGUUAUUGUACUUGACCAGAAGGAACAUGCUGUUUUCCAAAGACAAGGUGAUAAUUUGGUGAUGAAGAUGGAUAUCAAACUUGUUGAAGCCCUGUGUGGUUUUAAGAAGACCAUUCAGACAUUAGACAACAGAACACUGGUCAUCUCCUCAUUGCCAGGUGAAGUUAUCAAGCACAAUGACGUUAGAUGUGUUCAGAAUGAGGGCAUGCCUAUUUACAAGGAUCCUUAUGAGAAGGGACAACUAAUCAUUCAAUUCCAGGUUGAAUUUCCAGAGAAAGACUGGCUCCCAGAACAUCUCAUGUAUCAGCUGGAACGACUGCUUCCUCCCAGGGAAGAUGUGAUGCUUACAGACGAAAUGGAGGAAGUCGACCUCGUUGAGGUAGAUGAACGGUCCCAGCAGAAAAAAUAUGGGGAAGUUUACGACGAGGAUGAAGACAGUCCCUCAGGAGGAGUUCAGUGUCAGACGCAGUGAUUGUAAUCUGUGAUGCAAAUGUUAUCCUGUGUGGGUUUUUGUUGUUCUGAAUUUUUGUUUAGUUGUGGACAACAUUUGACCCAUAAACCUCCUCUUCACAAUAACUCAUAGCAAGAGUUGCUAAUACAUCUCUGCACUUUUGAGGCACAAAAAAUGCAAGUAGUGUAGUUCUCCUUGCACUUUUAAUUAUGCUUCCACAGUUCUAGAAACAGUUUUUUGCGUUACUGUUCAUUCGUUAUGUUUUCUUCAAGUUGAUUCUUUUAUAUAUGUGAAUGUUUCCAAAGACAUCUAUGGUAUGUGUUUGCUUUCAGAAGCUGAAAGGACUACUCAUACUUUCUGUGAAGGUAAUUUCAAUAAUGGCAAAAAUCAUUUUUGUUCAUUUCUCAAUAAAAGUCCCAGAAUGCUUCAA